GCCCUGCGUCACUGUCUCUCUUUCUCUCUGCACAGUCCAGAUACAUCCAGAGACAUGGCUCCGUGAGACAGCACAUGGCGGCCAGCAGCCAUGAACCAAAAAAACAACUCGCCAAAAAAUAAAUAAAUGCACCCGUAACAACCCGCUUUAUUUUUCACCGGAUUUUUAUUUUUACCCCCCCAAAAAAACAACGGCAAAAGAAUUCAACCGUAAAAUUAAAAAGAAGGGGAUUACUUUUCAUGAAAUUCCCAAUUUAAUUUUUUUUUUUUUCCCAGUUGUAAUUGAUAGAUAUAUAUUUUUUUUUAGUGGCAGCCAUUAUGGGAGUCCAGGGUUUCCAGGAAUAUAUUGAAAAGCACUGCCCAAGCGCCGUGGUGCCGGUGGAGCUUCAGAAGCUGGCCCGGGGAAGCCUGGUCGGGGGCGGCCGACAGAGACCGCCCCAGAGCCCGCUGCGGUUGCUGGUGGACGCCGAGAACUGUCUCCACCGGCUCUACGGCGGCUUCUACACAGAUUGGGUGAGCGGAGGGCAGUGGAACCACAUGCUCGGUUACUUGGCAGCCCUUGCCAAGGCCUGCUUUAACGGCAACAUAGAGCUGGUUGUGUGCUUUAAUGGCGCUCUGGAGAAGGGCCGCCUCCACGAAUGGGUCAAACGGCAGGUGAACGAGAGACAGACCGCACAGCAGAUUGUCAGCCACAUCCAGAACAAGGGCACUCCGCCGCCCAAGGUCUGGUUCCUGCCCCCGGUGUGCAUGGCCCACUGCAUCCGAUUGGCACUCCUCAGGUUCCACAUCGGGGUUGCACAGAGCAUUGAGGACCACCACCAAGAAGUGAUUUCCAUGUGCAGAGAGAACGGAUUCCACGGUUUGGUUGCUUACGACUCGGAUUAUGCAUUGUGCAACAUCCCUUACUACUUCAGUGCUCAUGCCUUGAAACUGAGCCGCAACGGAAAGAGCCUGACCACCAGCCAGUACCUGAUGCACGAGGUCGCCAAGCAGCUGGACUUGAAUCCAAAUCGCUUUGUAAUCUUCGCUGCACUUUUAGGUAAUCAUAUUCUACCUGAUGAAGAUUUGGCUGCCUUUCACUGGAGUUUACUAGGUCCCGAGCAUCCUCUAGCAUCUUUAAAGGUACGAGCUCACCAGCUUGUUCUUCCACCCUGCGACGUGGUGAUUAAAGCUGUAGCAGAUUAUGUCCGCAACAUUCAGGAUGUCGCAGGUUUGGAAGCCAUUGCUAAAGACAUCUUCAAACAUUCACAGUCAAGAACCGAUGACAAAGUUGUCCGAUUCAAGAAGGCAGUUGAGUACUACUCAGCAGCCAGCAAACCUCUACAGUACCCUCCUUAUUUAGUUAGACCAAAUCAGUUUGGAGUGCUUGAUGCUGUUCCACAAUGUGUCCCUCAUAUGCUCAACAUUCCACAGACCCCUCCUGCUAAAUCUGGUGAGCUGUCUGGUCAAGGUGCGCCCCCAGGACAAAAUGCCUACCCAUCGAACCUGACACAGCCAGCCCUCAACCUGGACACUGCCAUCGGAAAAAGUUUAGCGGAACAGAACAGCUUCAGCAACAUUCCUCAUGAAGGAAAGCACACGCCUCUCUAUGAACGGUCCUCUCCCAUUAACCCUGCCCAGGGGACCAGCCCGAACCACACGGAGCCUGCAUACUUUAACACCUCCUCCACGUCCUCCUCCUCCGAGAAUGAUGACAACAGUGCAGCCACUGCCAACCAUGUAAGUGGACAGAAGGUCGAACACCUUGCUGGGGGAGACUGUGGAGACCAAACAAAGGCAGAAGCUUCUUCUGUUGCAUCCUCGGGAAGCCAGGUAGCCGAAGGCAGCGGGAAUCAUGGAGGUAAUUCCCAGAUCCCGUGUCUUCUGUCUAUGUCCACCCGGAACCACAUGGAUAUCACCACCCCCCCUCUGCCAGGAGUCGCGCCUGAGGUCCUGCGAGUGGCUGAGCACAGACACAAGAAGGGCCUCAUGUAUCCCUAUAUCUAUCACGUUCUCACCAAGGGUGAGAUAAAGAUACCAGUAACCAUUGAAGAUGAAUCUAAUAAAGAUUUGCCGUCUGCCACUCAGCUUUACCGGCCAAUUCGUCAGUACGUUUAUGGCGUUCUCUUCAGCCUUGCUGAAGCCAGGAAGAAAGCUGAGAGGCUUGCCAUGAGAAGGAACCGACACCCAGAGUAUCCCCCAGUGAUAGUAAAGGAAUGGGCAGCAUACAAAGGCAAAUCUCCCCACACCCCAGAACUGGUAGAAGCCCUCGCUUUCCGGGAGUGGACCUGCCCCAACCUCAAGAAACUCUGGCUGGGGAAAGCAGUGGAAGAUAAAAACAGGAGAAUGAGGGCUUUCCUGGCCUGCAUGAGAUCUGAUACUCCAGCCAUGUUAAAUCCAGCUAAUGUGCCCACUCACCUCAUGGUGCUUUGCUGUGUCUUGCGGUUCAUGCUACAAUGGCCAGGAGUAAGAAUUUUGCGUCGUCACGAGCUCGAUGCUUUCUUAGCCCAGGCCCUUUCUCCUAAACUCUACGAGCCUGAACAGCUGCAGGAACUGAAGAUCGACAGCCUUGAUCUGCGAGGCGUGCAGCUGGCCGCUCUGUUUAUGAGCGGUGUAGAUAUGGCUCUCUUUGCCAAUGAUGUCUGUGGACAGCCGAUCCCAUGGGAGCACUGCUGUCCCUGGAUGUACUUUGAUGGCAAACUUCUCCAAAGUAAACUCAUAAGAGCCAACAGGGAGAAAGCUCCCUUAAUUGACCUCUGUGAUGGUCAGGCCGAACAGGUUGCUAAAGUAGAUAAGAUGCGUCAGAGUAUCCUGGAAGGAUUGCAUUUCUCUCGCCCGGUGCAUCCAAUCCCUUUUCCACCACAUGGGAUGCCGUUCUACCCAGCUAAUAUGUACCCUCCGCCCCCAAUGCAACCUGCACACCAGGGCAGAGGAAGAGGACUGGCUGGUCUUGUACGUCCAGGUAUCCAGGCAAUGUCUUCCCAGGGAGGGACACUUGAGAUAGCUGGCACUGUUGUUGGCCAGUGGGCAGGAAGUAGACGUGGGCGAGGCAGAGGCCCCUUCCCUCUGCAUGUUGUUUCAGUCGGGGGACCGAAUAGAGGGCGCCCUAGAGGGGUUAUUUCAACUCCUGUUAUUAGGACCUUUGGCAGAGGAGCCAAGUACCACAACAGAGGUUCCAAAAAUCAGGGAACAUACCAGAGCAAGCCUGCAUAUGCUACUUCAGUAAACGAGGUGGUUAAAGACAGGAAGAAGCCCAAGCCGGAGGAACCCAAGUCCUCUGCUCAGUCUUCAGACAGCUCACUGGCCGAGAACGGAGUAGAAGGCAAACCAGAUUCCCAGCUGAAUGGGAACAAGGGAGAGGGCAAGGCUUCCAACCAAGCUGAAAGUGCCUUGAGUAAUGACUCUAAAAUGUGCAAUACAAAUCUUCAUUUAAAUGCACUAAAUGCAGACAGUGAUUGCCACAGAGACGAAGCUCUGGGUGCCUCUGUCUUAAAAAAAGAAGAGUAAACCUAUUUUUUUAUAGAGAGGGUGAAGGAUGAUAGAAUGGUGAGAGUUAGGAAUAUCUGGAAAGAAGGAAAGCCUACAGUUGAGUACAUUUUUUCCUUUCCGUAAGCGAAAAAUGAGGACUUUUGGAAUUUCGGAUCCCUCUUUUGAUGUCAGCAAGUUAAAACAAGAAUAAUGUCUUUCUUUUAUUUCAUUUUUAUUUUGGGUAAAAAGAUGAAAACCAGUGGCAGUCAUAAUGCUACCAAUUUAAGAGAAUGAAGAGCGUUUGGCUCCCACAUAAAUUAUCUAUUAUAGAAGAAUUUCAAACUGGGUUUAUGACACAGUUCUUAUUUUCUGUUCUUGAAAUAAUGAAGCAGAAUAUGCUUUCAUUUGGCAGUUUAAGUACUAUAGGCUGAGAUUUUCAGUACCUGGCACCAUAUAUUUGCCAUUGUAAUUGAUUUUGUGUUGUCACAGUAAAUGCUUUUUUUGAGAAUUAAAUUCACAGAUAUAGAAGAAAAAAAAACUCAGAACCACAAUUCUCUUAUGAGUCAUCACUGUUUAUGUGGUUAUAUUGUGUUAAUGUGCAGAAUUUUGUCAAUUAAGUAACUGUAGAGUAAAUACUGCAACUUAAGUUCUGAUGAUCUAAAUAUACGUCAUACUUUAGCUAUAUAAUUAACCUUUCAAGAAGCAACUUAAAAUCACUGAAGAUGCAAAUGACCUUUUUCAAAGAUUUAAACACAGUGCGUUCAGAUACAUUUUGCGUCAGAAAUGACCAUACAUCAGUGAACAAUGAACAAUGUGGUUUCUUGAAUCAAAUGUAGAACAUUAGUACUACUGUUUCAGCUAAACUUUCUGCAUGGUUCAUAAUUUUAAAAGUGUGUAGUUAUUAUGCAUGUUGUCCUUUUUCUUCCAUCCUUAAAAGUACUGUGCCCAUUUGCAAAAUUAAAAAAAAGACUAAUAAUCAGUAAUAGUCCUAUAAAAAGUGUUAACUGUUUAGUCAUUAAUUGAUUUGCUCUAACCUUAAAUUGUGAUUUUAUUGACCUCUGUUGCAUUUAAUCAAGAAAACUUACAACAAAAAAAAAAAUCUAGCCACUUUGAAUAUUAAUGUUAACCCUGGUGUACCCAUUACUGUAUUCACUAUUGUUCUCUGUUGCUGUUUUUAUGCAUUCAUAUUAGCAAAACAUCUUUAAAAAAACGUUUAAAAAAAAAGCUUUGAUCUUAACAAUGUACCCCCUUUUGUAGCUGGAAACAAGCACUCUGUUUGUUUGACGUUCCCAUCAAGAGUUUAGCAUAAGCAAGUAAACCUGUAAUCAUUUUGAUGUUUUCGUUUAGUGUUUCCAAACUUACUGUUCUUCUGAAUCCAGAUCAUUACUUUAUAAUCUUUUUUUUUUCAUCUAAUUCUCCUGAUGCUCUUCAUCACACAUUAGUGAUCAGAAAUAAGGUGUAAUCCCCAAUCCCCUGUCCGCAAGAGCUAAAUAGGUUACCUUGAUGUAAGUUGAGAGGAGUUUGACCUAACUCAUGGAUUGUAAAAGAAUGAACUACUGUUGGGUUUGACUGACUGUUGAUGGAAUGUGGUGUGGUGUAUUUGAAGGCUAUUGAAUGCAACUUGCAAUGCUUAAUAAAAGUAUAUUCUUUUAGUAUAUAA